AUGAAGGUCUCAAUUCUCACUGCAGUAUUUGCUGCGACAGCUGAGGCGGCAGUCCGCGGAAAGAGGCAAGCUGGAAUCCCCGAUGUCAAUCAGUGCGGACUGGGCGCAUUCGAAGGCCGCACGUCUGAAGCGUUGCUUUUCUGUUCCAACAUUUUGAAGUCAGGAACGGCCACCACUACUGUGACCAAUGGAUUUACGAGAACGGCAACUACGACGGCUACGACCACGGUGACUAUUUCACCUUCAGCCACUCCUAAGCCAACACCAACACCAACUCCUACACCGACAUCCAAGCCGACUUCUUCCACUCUUGUAGCACCGUCUUCAUCCUCUACCCGUGUACCGCCAUCAUCAUCCUCCACUCCUGUAGUACCACCGUCAUCCUCUACUCCUGUAGCACCAUCUUCAUCAUCUAUUCCCUCUUCUACAACACCAUCCUCGACGCUAGUCUCUUCGACUCUUGUGUCAAGUCCUUCCCCCACACCUACCACACCACCCAGCUGCGGCAUCGCAGCCUAUGUCAAAGUAACCCCCGCCUACUACUUCGAAUCAAGCGGCACAAAAAACACUUUCGACGCCUGCAGCGCCCUCUGCAAAGCAGACUCUAAAUGCAAGAGCUUCGGCUAUGGCGAAGCAAACUGCAUGCUCUUCGACGUAACUGUCUCCGAGAACACAAACCUCAACCCAACAUCCCCAUACACCUUCUACGACUCCUCUUGCCCCUCCGAAAUCCCCAUCCGCAAGCGCUCCCCUCAACUCAAUAUCUCGAUUGGCUUGCCCGGAGGCAUUGGUAUCUCGCUUGGCCUGGGUAAUGCGGGUGUUACGUCUGCGUGCUCGUGCCUUAUUACUAGCGGUCCGGCCAGGACGACGGUGACGAGGACGGUGAGCAGUGGGACUACGACGACGAGCACGGCGGUCAGCACGGUUACGACGACGAAGGCGGCGGCGAAGUGA